AUGGUCGGAAGUGGAGCUGUCAGCGAUGAGGGCUGGAAGAAGCAAUUAUCUAUUCAGAAGCUUGACGGCGAAAUUCAGCAGCUCAAGGUUGCGUUGAGUGAGCUCAACACAUUGAAGCCGAUGAAGACCACCUACACUAAGAAAGCUAAUGCCUUUUUCCUUGAGAAACAUGAUGUAAUUGCGAAGGCGAAGAGCUCCAUGUUGAAGGAGUUAGAAGAAAAUCGGUACGGCAUCGGUCUUGAGCUUCGUGAUAUCGCGCAAUAG